GAUCAAAUAUAUCAAACACUUGCAUCUCUCCUUUACUUUUUCAUUAUUCCUCAUCUUCAUCUUUUCAUCACUUUCUCCUAAUUUUUCAUGGCUCAUUCACCUCAUAAACUCUUUUUUCUUCUCCUUGCAAUCUUCUACUCACACACUUCUGCUGUUAACUCCUACAAUGAUUCCACAACACUUCAAUCCAAUCUCUCUUCCUUAAGAUCUUUUUGCACAACCACCCCAUAUCCAGAAGUUUGUUUCAAUUCAUUGAAGCUAUCCAUCUCAAUAAACAUAAGUCCAAACAUUAUCAGCUACCUUCUUCAGUCCCUCGAAGUAGCAAUAUCUGAAACCACAAAGCUCUCCAAUAUCUUCCACAAUGUUGGACACUCAAACAUCAUAGAGAAGCAAAGAGGAACAGUUCAGGACUGCCGAGAACUCCACCAAUCCACAUUGGCUUCUUUGAAAAGAUCAGUAUCAGGGAUCCGUUCCUCCAACUCCAUGAGCAUAGUUGAUGCAAGAGCCUACCUCAGUGCUGCUCUCACCAACAAGAACACAUGCUUGGAAGGCCUAGAUUCUGCUUGUGGCACCAUGAAGCCAGCGCUGGUGAAAUCUGUGAUCAACACUUACAAGCAUGUCAGUAACUCUCUUUCUAUGCUACCGAAGCCUGAGACGGGGACUCCCGGUGACCAGAAGAAUGACCACCCUUUGAUGAAUGCUCCAAAGCGGUUAUCGAGCCGAAAGCAAGGAACUUUUAAAGAUAUGGAAGAGUAUAACCCAAAUGAAGUGCUAGUUGUGUCUGCAGAUGGAAGUGGGGACUUUAGCACCAUCACUGAAGCCAUCAACUUUGCUCCAAAUAACAGCAUGGAUAGGACAGUGAUCUAUGUCAAAGAAGGGAUUUAUGAGGAAAACGUGGAAAUCCCAAGCUAUAAGACCAACAUUGUGAUGCAAGGCGAUGGAAGUGAUGUCACUGUCAUAACUGGUAACAGAAGCGUUGGUGAUGGCUGGACCACUUUCAGAUCUGCAACUCUAGCGGUUUCUGGUGAUGGUUUUCUUGCUCGUGAUAUUGCAAUUGAGAACAGUGCAGGGCCAGAGAAGCACCAAGCAGUGGCCUUGAGGGUAAAUGCAGACUUAACUGCAUUUUACAGGUGUGAAAUUAAUGGCUACCAAGACACUUUAUAUGUUCACUCCUUUAGACAAUUUUACAGAGAGUGUGACAUUUCUGGGACCGUAGAUUUCAUAUUUGGAAAUGCAGCAGUGAUUCUACAAGAUUGUAACAUCAUAUCCAGAAAGCCCAUGCCUGGUCAAUUCACUGCUAUCACCGCACAAUCCAGAGAUAGCCCUGAUGAGGACACGGGCAUCUCAAUCCAGAACUGCGCAGUCAUAGCUACCCCUGAUCUGUAUUCCAACUCUAGCAGCUUCAAGAGCUACCUUGGGAGGCCAUGGAAGAACUAUUCUCGCACCGUUUACCUUGAGUCCUUCAUUGAUGACUUCAUUGACCCAAAGGGUUGGAUAGAAUGGAAUAAUGAUAACAAAAGAUCGGACACAUUGUACUAUGGAGAAUACGACAACUAUGGACUCGGUUCCACCACAGAUAGUCGUGUUCAAUGGUUAGGCUACCAUUUGAUGGAUUAUGAUGAUGCAUAUAAUUUCACAGUUUCGCAGUUCAUCAGUGGAGAUGAUUGGCUUGAUACUACUUUUAUACCUUAUGAUAACGGGCUCUGAGCAAAUUUUAAUAGUGUUAUUUUGUUAAUGGUUAAGUUUCUUAUGAUUGUUACUUUCCUCUGCCUCA